GCCUCCAGAGAGCCGACAACAUGGAUGUUGCCCGCUGCCUGCUGUGGCUCCUCGCCGCCUUGCCGCUUUUUUGCCGAAACGCUGAAUGCCGAUCGCUGCACAGGCAUCGUCGCAUAGUUGGCGGACUGCCGGCAAAUAUUACGGAAGUACCUUAUUCCUUGUCGCUACAGUUAGAUGGAAAACACAUGUGUGGUGCUGUUAUUAUAAAUGAAAACUGGGCAGUUACUACAGGAUACUGUUACAACUUGGCUGUGCCAGCACAGAACGCGACCGUAAGGGCGGGCUCCAGUGUUCGAGAGACAGGUGGCAGCGUGCACACUGUUGAAAGAUUUGUGCCACAUAGUCACUACGUCCCCGCCUACUCGGACUACGACAUAGCAGUACUUAAGGUGAAGCCCGCAUUCAAGUUUAGUAAGAAGGUGAAACCAGUGAAGUUACCAAAGCAGGAUGAAGAGUUCUCUGCUGGCACCGUCGGAGUGGUUGCAGGAUGGGGGACUAAAAACUUUGGUGUUCCCAAGUACACUCGAACGCUGUACAAAGUGGAAGUGCCAAUAAUCGACUUCGCAGAAUGUGAUAAAUCCUACAUGUAUUUCGGAGGUGUCAACAAAAGAAUGAUAUGUGCUGCAUACCCGUCAGGUGGAAAAGACAGCUGCCAGGGUGACAAUGGCGGUGGUUUGGUAGCAAAACGGAAGCUGGUUGGACUCGUGUCAUGGGCAAUUGGUUGUGCGAGGAGUGAAUAUCCACAUGUGUACACUCGAGUUUCUGCAUUCAGUAACUGGAUACUCAAUAACACAAAUGUCUGAAUGACUAAUAAGGCUGACUCAGUGACUGUUCUAUGCACAUACAACUAAAAUAAAUAUGUUGUUACUUAAGAUAAACUAUAUUUCACUGAAACCAAAUGUGUAAAUAAAACUAAGUAUCACAUCUCAUCAAACGGUGCGUGGAAGUGGAGCAGAAUGACUUUGUCAACUACAACGAGUUUGUAAAAAAGAAUCAUUAUUGCCAGAAUUGUCAUUCCAAUGAACACAUAGUCUUCAUUUUUCAUUCUGUGAUGUUGAUGAGCUUUUUUUAUACUUCAUCUGUGACUGUUACAAUGGUUUCUUUUUUAAAGUAUAUUUUUUAUAAAGUACAAUGUGUUUGA